CCAUUAUCGAUCCGAUUCCUUAGACCUAACCCUAACCCAACAGUACCCACACCAUUACCCAGAAAGCUAAAACAAAAGAAGACUUACUCUCUUCUUACCAUUUGUAUACUACUAGUACAAGCUAGCUCUUCAUCUUCUCCCAACAACAUGACCUUCAAGCUAGUAGCUUCAUAGGAAGCAGCUAAAAACUAUUAGAACCAAAACCUCAACGAGCGGGUGAAGAGAAGAAACAUGGCUGAUUUCAGCUGAAAAUUUGGUAGGUUUCCCUUUUUCUUCUUCUUUUGAUCUGGUAAAGGUUAGUAUAGCAUUUGAUUCAUCAAAACGCCAGAAAAAAGAGCAAGAAAGAGAGUCAAAAAGGUAGCUACAAGUUGGGAGAGAGACAAUUUGCUUGGAUUUUAGUAAGUUUGAGCUAAGUUAAUUAGGGUUUGAGGGCUCUAAAUGGAUCCUGCAGUCACAGCACACGGCCGUCCUCUCCCUCCGCCUUUCCUUUCAAGAGAUCUUCAUCCACACCCCCACCCCCACCAUCAAUUCCAACACCACCACCAACAACAGCAACAAAAUUCCGAGGACGAGCAAAGCGGUAACGGCGGCUUAAACCGCGGCCAGAAGCGAGAUCGCGACGAAAACACCACCUCCGCCAACAUCAACAACAACGCCGCUGCCGCGACUACAACAAUCGAAAGCAAGGAAUUCGGCUCUGGCGGCACUGGAUCAGAGGGAGAGAUGACAAGAAGACCCCGCGGCAGACCCGCCGGCUCCAAGAACAAGCCCAAGCCGCCCAUCAUAAUCACCCGCGACAGCGCCAACGCCCUCCGAUCCCACGUCGUCGAAGUCUCCAACGGUUGUGAUAUCAUGGAAAGCCUCUCGACUUUCGCCAGGCGCAGGCAAAGAGGGGUUUGUAUUUUGAGCGGGAGUGGCACUGUCACUAAUGUCACCCUAAGGCAGCCUGCUUCACCCGGAGCAGUCGUCACUUUACAUGGAAGAUUCGAGAUUUUAUCUUUGUCAGGCUCAUUUUUGCCUCCUCCGGCACCGCCAGCCGCUUCGGGGCUGACCAUAUAUCUGGCCGGAGGUCAAGGCCAGGUGGUGGGCGGGAGCGUGGUCGGUCCACUUCUGGCUUCUGGUCCGGUGGUAAUAAUGGCUGCAUCAUUUGGUAAUGCAGCAUAUGAGAGGCUCCCAUUGGAGGAGGAAGACCCGGGGGUUCCAAUUCCUGGAGGCGUAAAUCUCGGAUCACCGCCGGGAAUGGGUGGGCAGCAGCAGCAGCAACAGCAGCAGCAACUACUGCCUGAUCCUAACACAUCUCUAUAUCCUGGGGUGCCACAAAAUCUUCUGAACCCAUGCCAAUUACCAUCCGAUGCCUACUGGGGUGGCAAUGGUCGCUCUUCUUAUUAACAAAAACGAAAACUGUGUUUUAAUUAAUUUCCUCCUCUUUGUUACUAGCUGUAUUUCAAUCAACUUUGAUUCUUCUUUUAUAAGUUAGUUAUGUUCAAUUAAGAUGUUAAUUAUUAUGUUAUCCGUCGGUCUUUGAUUGAAGAAGGAUGUAAAAAUCUAUGAAUUUUUGGUGGGUUGAUUAAUUUA